AUGGCCUCACUACAGACUGAAGACACUCUCCCAGGCGGCUUGCGUUUCCUUACGCUCCAGCACGCUUAUGAAGUCGCCAAAUCGAGGGGACAAACUGAAUGUGCAGGUUCAGCUUCAUUCGGUAUCGCCAGCAAAUCUGUAGUCGUCGCCGCUGCAGCUGAGGAACCUGCUCCAGACACAGGGUCGGAAGACGACGGCCCUGACGCAGAGUCCAAGAAGUCUGGACUACAACCGCUUCACGAUGGUUACCAGAAGCUCUACUCGUACUUCCCCCCGCGGCUUGACGGCGGGAAACAGACCAUCACAGCGACCCAGACCAUCUACGCCAGCAGUGCAACCGAGAAACAAGGCCGUGAACUGAAGCCAGAGGCGACAACGAAGGAGUUUCUAGUCCAGGCGCCACAGUUCUCACUGCCAGAUGGCUGUGUACUCUCGGUCAAUCCUGCACCAGGUGGUCUCGCCACAGCAGAGACACUACCGCACGUUGUCUUCAAUGAUCCUCAUCUGCCGUGGGAGAGGCGUAUUGAGAAAGACGACGCUACGCGGCGGGAGCGCAUGCCUUGGCUCGCCCUCUUAGUCUUCAGUCCAGAUGAGCUUCAGCUCCCCAGUGAGCUUCUCCAGGGAGAAAAUUCGCCGUUUAUGGUGACAAACUUGGCAAAGGAUGCCCAAGGAAAGCCUACAACGAUCAAGCAGAGCUCUGACUUGACUAUGACUCUAUCAGGUGCUGACGUUGAGGCCUUGAACAAACAAGGCUCCAUCAUCUCACCAAUUCCCCAGCCAGAUGACGCCAAAAGCAAGACGACAGCUCUUUUUCUAAAGCCAAAGCUCUUCCAGCAGCUUGGCAAGAAGCUAGUUCUGUCAGCUCCAAAAGAAGGCCAAGCCGCUGCUGAUAUCUCGCGGUUCAAGUAUUUUGCUCAUGUCCGCCACGUCAAAACUGCAGGCAUGACGACCUCAGCCCGGUACAAGGACGGUCUCUUCAGCGUCAUAAUGUCGCACCGGGCAGGGCCGCUCUCGGCAGACCAGAAGAUGCCUGCCAUGGUGCACCUUGUAUCGCUCGAGGGAUGGAAGAACAUGGUGUUUCCGCUAUCUUCGGCUGCUCAAUACGUCGCCAUCUCAUCGCUAUACAGCUGGACAUACACGGUGCUCCCUACCGGUGGCGUCAGUCUCGAGGCUGAAUUUGAGAACCUCAAGAAUGGCUUAGGCCUCCUCAGAGCACCACAGGCCUUGAUUGACAAAAUGGAGGCAACAAAGGAGAACCAAAAUCUCAGCGCAAAGCUCGGGAAGAGGAUGAAAGAGGGAUACACGAUGCAACGCCACCGGACAAGGACAGGCGAGGUGACUAGCAGUUUUCUCAGGGCUGCCUUGGUACCUGUAGCUCCAGGUGAGCCAGCAUGGACGGCCAUGUCACGAUGUGGAAGUGACCUACAGAUCCUCGACCGUGACACGGGCAUGAUGGACAUUACAUACUCGGCUGCUUGGCAGUUGGGAAAGUCGCUGGCAAUUGCUGAUGCUGCCUUCACGACAGCCCUCACGCGGCUGUGGAAUAGUCUUCAUGGGAUAUGUCUGGACGGCGCAAAGCGGGAGGUUCUCAGCGAGACGAAUGCCUACAAGAGUAGGAAGGAUGUCCUACAGUCUCUCAAAACGUCCAUCUUGACUUUAAACGAUCUUCAGAGGGUCUCAACCCAAGAGCGACAGGAUGAACAAGGCCUGGUUCAGGAAACGCCGCUUGCUAGGCGCCCAUUAACAGAAGAAGCCGUUAGACUGGCUGUCGAUGAUACCGUCAUGCUAGAAAAGAGUGAGAAACAAGCAAAACGGCAUAUCCGCCGCAUUGCUGGGGCUAAAGAUGACAAUGGUAAUGAAUACCCUGAUGGUCAACGCCUCUACAAUGAGCUCAACGACUCUGUCUCGGCCGAGUGGAAAAUCAUCCUGGGCUGGAUCAUGGACCGCAUGUAUCUUUUCGGCAUACCACCGCCAUACCUGCUUGCAGAUCCAAGCUUCUUGCCACAGGAGAGCAUCCGAUUUUUCCACGUCGACGCCAACUGGCUCGAUGCUUUGAUCGAUGGGGCACUGAGCCUCGGCAGCCACAUGGGCGCCAGGGACGACUACAUCCGACGGAGGAUCAAGGGGGCCAUCAAUACCUAUCUCGAAACAACCGACCCAGCCACAGGAUACACGCCUCAAAUCCCAUCGUACGGGAUGCUUCUGAGAUCUGACUUGGUCUCUCGCUUUCCUGACCUCAAGGUUGAGGCGCCGAUCCCCGAAGAUGCGCCCGAGGCAGGAAGGGCGCCAAUUCUCAGGCAAGAGAUUAUUGGCGAAGGGCUGCUUCUGUGUCUCUUUGACAGAAUCCCCGGCAAGGACAACGAGAUGCCGGUUCUCGCGCUCACGCAGCCACCGCAUCAACAGACCUUUGCAUUGGGCUAUAGCCUCACGCCAGAUCGGCUCGACAUCAGGUACAAGCGCACCUACACUGUCGAGAAGGACGGAUACGAUUUUGCCAGCACGCUGCUCGAAAGGACCACUGAGCGCCGCUACGAGCCAUCUGGCUGUCCAGUCGAGUCUGGGCCGCCGCUAUUCAUGUGGGGAGCUGAAAAUGAUGCCAGAUUCCUCCUGGCGGGUGUCUGGGCUGAGGAUGUUGUGGCCGUGCUCAGAGACAAGAUGCCCAAUGACUUUACCGACACUGCCAUGACCUCGGCCGUGGCGGCGUUUCAGCUCGGCAUGCCCAUCUAUCGCUUCUGUAUCGGCGAUACAUCAAGCCUCAAGUCCUUGGAGCCAGACCCUAACCUGCCACCAAGACGAAAGGGGCUUCAGCUGCUUGGUCUUAUGCAGAAGGCAUCGGAAGAGGCAAUCCAAGCAGCAGCCUUCACCGCGCCAAUCCCGGAUCAUCCAUUGCCUCUUAUUGCGUUGGAGAGUCUCGACUCUUCCAUCCCGCCUCAUUUUCAAUUCACGCCCACGCUGCUGCAAACACCCUCCUCCGCUGCGAGCACGGCACAAACGCUGCCAAAGGCCGACACAGGGGCCGCGACAGGGCCCGAGUUUGCGUACGCUGUCCACGCCAUCGGCGCACCGUCCGGGCCGCUCCAGACGGGCCAAGGGCCACUGGACCUGGUGUUUACAAUCAAGCGGAUUGAUUCUAGCUUUCUCUACAAGGACUACAAGCUCAAACGGAUCACGCUGAGGAUCCCACGCGGCAAGAAGCGCGACAGCGGAACCGUCAACCUGCUGGACAAUUACCAGGGGCCCGGCCCCACGAUGCUGAGCAACCUGCGCUUCAACGUAUUUGCCGAGACAACAGCGGACACGAUGUUUCUACAGCUCCAGCCGCGCAGCAAGAAAGCUCUCGAGGAGGGCGUGCUGAUCAACCGGAUCCGAGAAUGCGGCUUCAUCCUGCCACUCGUCAACGUCCACAACUUUGAUCGGCAGGUGACGGUGGGCUACACUGAGGAAUGGGCAAAGCCGGCCUCGACUACACCACUGCGCAGCUUCACCAUCAAGCUGAAGCCGGCAGGAGUCUAG